AUGGCUUCCGACGAGGAGAAAAACUCCCAAAAUUUCGUCAGCAAUGGCAACUCGACCGAUAAGUACCUGGCCGACAACGGCGAUGUGGCUGCCGGGCAUACUAUGGAUAAUGCCGAUGGCUUGCAUCGUCUUCUCAACAACCGACAGAUCCAGCUCGUCGCCAUUGGUGGCUCUAUCGGUACAGCGCUUUUCGUGAGUAUCGGUGGUGGUCUUGCCAAAGGUGGUCCUCUCGGUCUGUUUCUCGCCUAUACAAUCUACUCCGGUGUCCUCGCAUGUGUGAACAAUGGUGUCGCAGAGAUGAGCACCUAUAUGCCCAUUUCUGGUGGCUUCAUCCGUCUUGCUGGUCACUGGUGCGACGAUGCUCUUGGUUUUAUGGCCGGAUGGAACUUCUUCCUCUACGAAGGUCUCCUCAUCCCAUUCGAAAUUACUGCUAUCAAUCUUGUCCUUUCCUAUUGGAGCCCCAAGAUUACGGAACCUGGUCCUACAGCCGGCAUAUGUAUUGGUGUCAUCAUAUUAUACGCUCUCUUAAAUAUCCUGGCUGUCAAAGCCUACGGUGAAGCCGAAUUUUGGCUGUCGGGCGGCAAGGUCAUCCUGAUCCUCAUCCUCUUCAGUUUCACCUUCAUCACGAUGGUUGGUGGUAACCCCCAGGGAGAUGCGUAUGGGUUCCGAUAUUGGUCAAACCCCGGUGCUUUCUCCGACGUCUACGGCACACACGACCUCGGUCGCUUCGAAGGCUUCCUCGCUGCCCUCUGGAGUGCCGGCUUCACUAUUGUUGGUCCCGAAUACAUCUCCAUGGUGGCUGCUGAGGCCAAGCGACCUAGUGUUUACAUCAAGGCUGCUUUCAAGACCGUUUACUAUCGAUUCUGCUUCUUCUUUAUCACUGGAUCCCUUGCUGUUGGUAUUGUGGUCCCCUACAACUACCCUCAGCUUGUGAACAUCUUCGUCGAUGGCACCGAGGGGGGCGGCACUGCUGCUGCCUCGCCCUACGUUAUGGCUAUGAACAUCUUGGGCGUUAGCGUCCUCCCCGAUAUCGUCAACGCUCUCCUGCUUACCUCGAUCUUCUCGGCUGGUAACACCUACACUUACUGUGCCACACGAUCGCUCUAUGGCCUCGCUCUUGAGGGUCGUGCCCCGCGAUUCCUUCGAAAGACUACCGCUUCUGGUGUUCCAAUUUGGUGUUUCUGCAUAGUCAUGUUGUUCCCCAUGCUCUCGUUCCUCCAGUGCGGUAGUGGUUCAGCCAAGGUGCUCAACUGGCUCAUUGCCCUCAUGACAGCUGGCGGUCUCAUCAACUACCUCGUUAUGGGAAUUACCUUCCUCUGCUUUUACCGAGCUUGCAAUGCCCAGGGAGUCGAUCGAUCCAAGAUGCCCUACUAUGGUCGUUUCCAGCCGUGGUGCGCUAUCUUUGGCCUUGUCUUCCAAUUUUGCGUUGUCAUGUGCUACGGUUACAAGUCCUUCCAGCCCUGGAACACAGAGCUGUUCUUCCAGAACUACACUAUGCAGUUCGUUGCUCCCGCAUUGUUCGUCUUUUGGAAAGUUUACAAGAAGACUCGCUGGCUCCGCCCUCAUGAGGUCGACCUCACUUGGGAGCGCCCAAUUAUUGAUGCUUACGAGAACUCAAUUACAACACCCCCUACAGGAUUUUGGCAGGAGAUUGGGCAGCUUGUUGGCAUCAAGCCCAAGACUUACACGGACGAGUAG